ACAAGCAUCUUGCAAUCACCUACCACAUACGAGAAAAAAAAACUCUCACUAGUACCUACCUACCUAGCCGUAGCCAUGGCUUCCAACGCGAGCAUGUUGGUCAUGACCAUGGCGUGCGCGCUCCUCCUUGUCGGCAGCACAUGCCACGCUGCCCGCAACCUGGCCGACACGACGCCGGCGGCUGCAGCUCCGGCUGCUAGCGCCGUCCCUGGCCUGCCAGCCGUGCCCACGGACACGGUCACCCUGAUGCCACCAAUGCCGUCGGUCACCCUGCCCACCGUGCCGCAGGUGACGCUGCCGCCCAUGCCCUCCAUCGUCGUGCCCAAGGCGGUCCUGCCGCCCAUGCCCAAGGUCACCCUCCCCACCAUGCUGCAGGUGACGAUGGCGCCGAUGCCCGCGAUUGUCGUGCCUAAGGUGGCGCUGCCGCCGUUGCUGUUCGUCCCGAAUGUGAACGUGCCUAUGCCGUUCGCGGCCGUGCUCUCGUCCUGUCCACGCGCGAUAGGGCCCCGUUCAUGUGAGAUUGGGGCCAGGUCACUCAGUGGACACGACAUACAUUUUCCUACAUGCAAGCUUUGUGUUUUAUAUGCGAUGUAUCAGUUGAGGGUUGUCCCAUUGUAUGUAUUUCGUGUUUUUCCUGCAUACAAUUUUCUAUUUACAGUAAGUUAUUCUCCUUUUGUUUGGAAUUAGAUUACGCUCAAACAGAGUGCUAGAUACAUCCAUUUGAGCGUCAACUAAUUCCGGGUGAAGGAAGUACUUGUCUUGCAUAACUGAGUUAAAGAGUGAUGGUAUAUCAUCUCUUCAGGGGAAUCA